AUUCUCAAAAAAAUAUAGUCAAAGAGUUUUAAUAUAUUUCACUCUGUUUUACAAUUUCAAUUUUUAUGAAAUCUUGGGUGUGACAUGAAUAAUGAGAAAAUAAAUUAUGUAGCUGACUUUUCUUGAUCAGAGUAGUGUCCAUGGUGACCAUGGCAGAAGGGAAGCAAAAUAAGUAAAGGAGAAAUAACCAAAGAAACAUCGAAUCGAAUUACAGAUUGAUGGAAGUGGAAAUCGGUCUAUUACCAUAACCACUCACUUCAAACCCUCUUCUCUUUCCUUUCUCAAUCGCUUUUACUCUUCUUCUCUUCAAUUUGUAAAACGAUGAUCCGAUUCAUUCUCUUACAGAAUCGCCAAGGCAAGACUCGUCUUGCAAAGUACUACGUUCCCCUCGAGGAUUCUGAGAAACACAAGGUUGAAUAUGAGGUUCAUCGUUUGGUGGUAAACAGAGAUCCCAAAUUCACAAACUUCGUUGAGUUUCGUACACACAAGGUAAUCUACAGGCGUUAUGCUGGAUUAUUUUUCUCGUUGUGUGUUGAUAUUACAGAUAAUGAGUUAGCAUAUCUGGAGUGCAUUCAUUUAUUUGUGGAGAUUUUGGAUCAUUUCUUUAGCAACGUUUGUGAGCUCGAUUUGGUUUUUAACUUUCACAAGGUAUAUCUCAUACUUGAUGAGUUCAUUCUUGCUGGAGAGCUUCAGGAAACUAGCAAGAAGGCAAUUAUAGAGAGAAUGGGGGAACUGGAAAAACUAGAUUAAGAAUUCUGUGGUGAUUGAAGAGUGUGUAGAACUAAAUUUGUUUUAUUAUGAUAUAUUCCCUAUUGUAAUAUUUGAAAUGGAACUAAAUUUGUUUCUUCUUCGUAUUUGCAUUUCACCAAUAUACUUUCCAUCACUUUUUCUUUCUA